GGAGCACAGCGAGGCUCAGGAGCAGCAGACGCAGUUUUGCCGCGGCAGUGCUUCAGCGACAGGCGAGCAGUGAAAGUCUCAUCGACGCGCUUCUUAAGCCAAAUGUGAGCGGUGAUGGCGAGACCCGAGAAAGCACACAGGAGGCGGCGGCCACUUUUCAGCAACGCGGUCCACCCAGUCUGCUGCGUCUUGAUGACCAUUUUAUUUGUCAUCAUCCAAGCGUCGGAGGCGCAAAACGACCAGCAAACCACCACGCCAAAGCAGAAGCGAGAGGACGAAGCGAUCCCGGUUACAUCAUUUUCGUGCAAAGGUCGGGUGCCAGGUUACUAUGCAGAUCUUGAGACUGGAUGUCAGGUUUAUCACAUGUGCGCAGCUGGAGGUCAAAAAUUCAGCUACCGAUGCCCAUAUCAGACGCUCUUUCAGCAGCGUAUGAUGGUGUGCGAUCACUGGUUCAUGGUGGAUUGCAAAAACUCUCACCUUUACUUCGCCGCCAACGAGAGAAUUGGCGUCAAAAACCAACCAUUUAUUCAAAAAGAUGAAAAAAUCACCAGGGACUUUGUUGCAGAUUCAUUUUACCCUCUGAAGCUUGAAACUCGCGCCCAGGCCAAAGCAAUUGAGGCGCCUUCGAGUUUCAACAGAUUUCCGGCCAGUAUAGAAGAGCCGGACAAAGAUCUUCUGCCGCCAUUGGAAAACAAUGUCGACCUCACAGAGAGGGCUGAUUUUGGAUCCGACUUAGAAGAUUCAACCUUGCCAAGCAUCAUCAACAAAGAACUAACCCCUGUGCCAAAUUUUGCGCCCUCCAACAAACCCUUUUUCAGCCCCCGCACAACUGGAGUCACAAAUUCACCCUUUAACCAGCCUUCGUCCAGACCGACCACCGUGAAGUCUGCGUCAAGCUUCCAAUUCAGCAGGAGUCCUCCCUUUUUUUCGACCCUUCAGCCGCAAAAUCAAACUGCAGUCCGGCCGAUGGGACUUUCUUCAACCACCCUAUCAGUCAUAAAAUCAUCCUUCUUUGGAAAUUUCCCGCAGGCAGUGAGCAGAUCUACGCAGAGUUUCAUCCCCAGCACCACCCCAAAGCCCCUGACCACACUAUUGGACAACAUUCUCAGUCCCUCCACCAUCAACUCGCUGCUCAGAGGACCAACAAAGAAGAACAAGGAGCCAAAGCAACUCAGGGUAAUGCUGGACACGAGGAGAAUGUUUUACAUCCCGGAAAACGACGAAAAUUUGGAAAGCAUACCUUCGGAACAAGAGCAACAAAGCAUAAAUUUCAAUUUCCCAGAGCCACUUUCAGUUGAUGCGAAACCAAUGAGAUUCAAGGAGCACCCACAUCACGCUGUCGGAGAUGAAGAGUGUCCUCCUCAGUGCUUCCCUGCAUUUUUCAAACCAGGCACUUGCGAGCCCUGCGUUAUUUUGCGGUGAUCGUUUAAUUGAUUGUGCGCUCGACAAAAGGACUCCUCUUUUAAUUAAAAUAAAAUUUAUGAACUUUUUGCUGCAAAUUUACCUGUAUUACUGCAAAGUACCAAGUAGUGUUGGCAUGUAGUUCCCGAAUAAAAUAUUUUUUAG